CCGAUGGGUCAAUAUGAUUCCCCAUUCUCCUAGUCUUUUCUUAAAAAAUAAAUAAAAGGCUCCCUAUUCCAUUUCUAUAUAGACUCAUACCUACCUACCUAUAUCCAAAAACCAUUCUUGAUCAGACAAUUAAGCAAGCAGAAACUCAAAAGAAAACCAAAAGGCCAUGACCAAAUUUGAGGUGGUCUUCAUGUCAUACCCUGCAAUCGGACACCUUGUUCCAGUUGUGGAGUUUGCACACCACCUUAUCAAUCAUGACCCUCGAUUUUCUGUCACUAUACUCAUCAUCACCAUGCCUGAGAGACCCAUCCUCAACACCUACGUCCAAUCACAUGCUGCCACCUUAGCCUCCACAAAUAUCCGAUUCAUCCACCUCCCUACUGUAGAUCCUCCCUCACCUGAUCAGUUCGAGUCUCCCUUUGGCUACGUCUGCUUAUUCAUUGAAAAGCAUAGACCCCAUGUUAAGCAAGCAAUCACUAACCUCAUGGAAACCGAGUUGGACUCAGACCGACGACUCGUCGGGAUCAUCACAGACAUGUUUUGUACUUCCAUGAUCGAUGUAGCCAACGAGCUUGACAUCCCUUGCUACGUUUUCUUUCCAUCUCCAGCUACGUUUCUCGGUUUCAUGCUUCAUCUUCCAAUCUUAGACACCCAACUCACCACUGAGUUGGCUAAGUUGGACACUGAGUUGGUCAUUCCGAGUUUUGCUAACCCGGUUUCUCCAAGUUUGUUGCCUUCUAUAGCGUUGGAGAAAGAAGGGUACUCGUGGUUUUUGUACCACGGACGCAGGUACUUUGAAACAAUGGGUAUCAUUAUUAAUACAGUUCAUGAACUUGAGCCUUACGCACUUAACUCGGUCUCGACGAGUCAAGUGCCACAAAUUUAUCCCAUGGGGCCAAUUCUUGACCUUGUUGGACCAGCCCAAUGGCACCCAAACCAAGCCCACGAUGAAAGAGUCAUGAAAUGGCUUGAUGAUCAACCUCCAUCUACUGUAGUAUUCAUAAGCUUCGGAAGCAGGGGCAGUUUCAGCGAGUCUCAAGUUAGAGAAAUUGCAUUGGGGCUUGAACAGGCCGGGGUUCGAUUUGUGUGGGUUUUACGUGAGCAACCUAAGGAUCAAUUUUCCCUCUCAGAUGACUACACGAAUAUUGAGAAAGUUUUACCAAAUGGAUUUUUGGAACGAACAGCUGGAAUUGGAUUGAUAUGUGGAUGGGUCUCACAAGUGCAAAUCCUAUCUCACAAGGCCGUUGGAGGAUUCAUAUCACACUGUGGUUGGAACUCAAUUUUGGAAAGCCUAUGGCAUGGCAUACCAAUUGCCACUUGGCCAAUUUAUGCUGAACAACAGAUGAAUGCCUUUGAGAUGGUGAAGGAGUUGGGAUUAGCGAUUGAGAUUAGGUUAGAUUAUAGGGAGGGUAGUGAUUUGGUGUCGGCAAAGGGUAGUGAUUUGGUGUCGGCAAAGGAGGUGGAGAGAGGAAUAAAGCUUUUGAUGAACUAUGACAACGAGAAAAAUCGUUCCCCUUCCUCCGCCCUAUUUGGUUUGAACUUCGAAGUGCUGAGAAAGUCCUACACUUCACAUUCUCCUUCUCUUGAUCGUCUUGAUUUGGAAGAUAAACACCGUCAUUCGGUUCGUGUUACCCUUGCCUACGCUCGUGAAAUCAAGGAUUUUGACGACCUUGUUUAUCCUCGUCGUCUGUUUGACAGUUGUUUGGGUCCUAAUCCUUCAAGGUACGUAUUAGAAAAGAUUCGCCGAGAGGAAAUCGUCUGUCCAUUAGUUUCCAAGACUCCUUCAUCUUUAUUAGCUUGCCACUAGAUAUAGUAAGGAGAAGUAUGCCCGCAUCAGAAGUUUGAAAAAUGAGCCCUUAUCCAAUCUCGCUACUGAUUCGAAGAAGAGGAAAUUAGGCGAAGAGAAAGGUGAGACUACUGCUCUUCCACCUAUUCACAUUGCCCCUUCUUCUCCCACUCCAUCCUUAGAAGUGACUGCCUUCACUCCUCCAACUACUCGCGCGAAAGGAAAAGGCAAAGCUAGGAGGAGUGUUUGGGAUGACCCUGCUACUGCUAUGGGUCGUGCUCACAACGUGAUUACUGACGAUGAACUUAAAGGUUCGUCAUCUAUUCCCUCCCACGAGCUAGUUAGCUAUCAUAUUCAUAAGUUGGUGCAGGUACGUGGCUUUCCUCUCUUAGCAUCCCUUUUAUUCUUUUUUUGUAUGCACAUGAUCUCCCUUCUCAUUCGUUUAUAUUUACCAGGUCCUUGGGGUGUCCCUAUGCAUCACGACUGACUACUUGAAUACGAAAGAGAAGGUUGUGGUGGCUAACUCAAAAGUGGAAUCCAUCGAGGUUGAAUGCUCCAAGUUGAGGAAGGAUCUAAUCGUUGCAAUGAAUGAGACGAACAACAUAAAUGAGAAAAUAAGGGAGCUUAUUGAAGCCUUGCACGUAAAGAAAGUGCUCGUUGUUCAGAAGGACGAAGAAAUCCAAGAAGCCCUCCUGAGGACUGAUGCUAAGAAGGACAAUGUCGUUCAGGAAAUCAUUCAGUCAGAUCAGUUCUCCGAUCUUCAAUUCAUCCAAUACUUCAAAGGGUUUGAGCUCUUAUGUCGGAGGACGAUGAAGCACCAUAGUUUGGCCGUGGACUUCUCCAAUUUAGACUUUGAGAAGAUUGACACUGAGAUACUCACAGACGAGGCCGAGGAGCAAGAAGAAACCAAAGCUGGUGUCGGAAUGGAGAAAGAUUCUGCUAAGAAGGAUGUUGCUGAAGGAAAGGAUACCAACAAGUCUACUAUCCCUCCUUCGUAGUAUAUUCAUUUUUUUUUUUUUUUUAAUUUGGAAAACAAUGGUUGCCCCCUUGUUUUGGGAUUCUAUUUUUGAAGAAUAAUGGUUGCCUCCUUGUUUUGAAGCUUUAGUCUUUCCCUGCUUUAUUGUCUCUUGGUUUUAAGGCUUCUGUUUGGACCAACUGGCUGGUUUUGCUUCAUACUAUAACUUUGCCUAUUUUUAUCA